AUGUUAAAGUUUGGCUCAAAACAUGACAGCAAUAUUGUUUAUAAGUGUACUGUUAGGCUACUUGAAGAUACAGAAAUCCUAGAGUGUGAAUAUAAGCACUGGUUGGAUCUGGGAAAAUCCAUUUGUAAGCAAGUAAAAGAUCUUGAUCCAGUUUUGUUCAGUUUUAGAGUAAAGUUCUACCCUCCCGAUCCCUUUAGACUUAAAGAAGAAAUCACAAGAUAUCAAAUAUUUCUACAGUUAAAACGGGACCUAUUGCAUGGUCGAUUAUAUUGUGGUCCAACUGAAGCUGCUAUGUUAUCAGCAUUGAUUUUGCAAGGCGAAUUUGGUGAUUAUGACCCUGAGAUUCAUUUAGGUAAUUAUGUUUCUGAUCUUAAAAUAUUAUUAAAACAAACUGAAGCAAUAGAAGAUAAAGCAAUGGAAAUACAUCAAAAGCAGUUAAAAGGUCAAAGUCAGAGCCAAGUGGAAACAGCUUUUUUGAAGUUAGCUUGUCAACUUGACACAUAUGGUGUUGACCCUCAUCCAGUAAAAAAAAAACAUACAGUAGGCUUCAAGUGCCCUUCAGGCCAAGCAUGUAGACAUGUUUGGAGAUGCGCUGUUGAACAGAUGUUAUUUUUUACUUUGCCAACUAGCUCUGAUGCCCCAUCAGUGGUAACCGGAGGAGGAUUCUUUUCCUGGGGUACUAAGUUCAAAUACACUGGUAGAACAGAAAAAGAAAUAUUAGAAGAUAGUGGUUCCCCGUCUAGGGAGGAACCGAACAUUCAGCGCUCUUCUAGUGUUAGAAGAAAAGCCUCUAGUGUACCUGCUACUCCAUCUACACCCUUACAGCCUCAUUUAGGUUAUUGUAGCUUGCCAAGAUCAAGCCAUUCAGAUGUGGGUGGAUCCCGAAUGGAGUCUAGUAAUAGUACUGGGUUGUUGUCUGGAUUAGACAAUAACCCAUCCCAAAUCUACAGUGAUGUUGCUGCCUUAGAAACUGUUACCGAAGAUCAAGAAGCAAUAGGUGCUACUAAAUUACGCACUACAGUGUUAAAAGACGAUUCAAUGGACCGCUUUAGCGAUUAUUAUUUUCGUGAUUCGUUCGAGCACUCCUCUUCAGAGUCCCAAUUGGUUGAUAAUUACAGAGGAUACGAGACAACUAAUCCAUCACAUCGCUCGAGUAGGAGUCCAACGCCUUUGUCGCAUUCUCAUGUCGACUCUGGAAGAAUAUACUUACCUAGUGCAGCUCAGUCAAUCCCACCACCUGUCAAAAAACCCAAGAAGUUUAAUAUUUUAGGAGCUUUUAUACCUUCUUUAGUUAUAGUUUUGGUAUUGGCUCUUAUAUCUACGAUAAUUGUCCUUGAAAGUGACUGGGAGUUUUUCAAUAGUGUUAGGAAUGUUCCAGAGAUAAUGUCGCUUAAAUAUCAAGUUUACGAACCCAUUAAGCAGUACUGGAGAAGUAAAAUCAGCCUUCUGUUUUGA